AUGUCGGCUACUUUGGAAAUUGAGCUGUUUUCUGAAUAUUUUGACAAUGCACCUGUGUUUAUGGUUAAAGGACGUACACAUCCUAUUGAGUUGUUUUAUGCGAAUUCAUUGGACAGUGCAAGUGAUGAUUACGUUUUUAAUGCGGUUGUUACAUUGAUGCAGAUUCAUCGCACCGAACCCAUUGAUUGGGAUGUGUUGGUAUUUCUGACAGGUCAAGAAGAGAUCGAAUUCGCGUGUAAAAAGGCGACUGAAGCAGCGCAGUUAACGGGUCGCGCAUUGAAAGCGUUACCUCUCUAUUCGGGGUUAUCUCCGUAUGCACAAAUGAGGGUGUUCGAACCACUCGGAAUACCGAAUACUCGAAAGGUGAUAUUUUCAACAAAUAUCGCCGAAACAUCCGUCACAAUACCCGGUAUUCGCGUUGUCAUUGAUACGGGUAAAAUUAAAAUUAAAACAUUUCUGGCAGAUCGUCGCAUAGAUGUGUUGAGAGUGGAGGAUACAUCACGUGCAUCUGCAACGCAACGUGCCGGUCGUGCGGGUCGUGAAGCACCUGGAAAGUGCUACAGACUCUAUCCAGAAAAACACUUCGCCAGUUUGCAUCAAACGACCAUUCCCGAAGUAUUGAGAACUAAUCUUUGCACGGUGCUCCUUGAAUUGUAUCGAAUUGGAUUAACGCGUCUUCGUUCGUUGCAAUUGAUCUCAUCGCCGUCAUCUGAAUCAAUUAGAUCUGCACAGUUAUUGUUACAAUUAAUCGGUGCUGUUCAACCAGCUGACAAAAAGGAUCGCAUUCAUUUGACCGAUAUGGGCACCAGAAUUGCUGCAUUCCCUCUUGAUCCACCCUUAGCCAGAGUUUUGUUGGCAGCAUCUCAAAACGGAUGUCUGGAAGAAGCACUGACCAUCGUGUCGUUUAUGUCAACAGAUCAAGUGUUCAUGACUUCGUCACAAAAUCGUGAUCUCUUUAAUGAUUCGAAGAGGAAAUUUGAGGCUGCAGAGGGAGAUCACUGCACGUGGUUGAAU